AUGCCGUUUGGCUUAAAGAAUGCAGGUGCAACCUAUCAACGCUUGAUGGACAAGGUCUUCCAUCACCAAAUAGGACGCAACAUAGAAAUCUAUGUAGAUGACAUGGUCGCCAAGACCAUGAAAGAAAAAUCACAUUGUGAAGAUCUCAGCGAGAUAUUCAGACAAAUCCGAGCAUAUAAUAUGAGACUGAACCCGGAAAAGUAUGCCUUUGGGGUAAAAGGAGGAAAGUUCCUCGGAUUCAUGCUCACCUCACGAGGAAUCGAGGCAAACCCUGAAAAGUGUUCGGCAGUACUCAAUAUGGCGAGCCCUAAAACAAUAAAAGAAGUGCAACAGUUGGCAGGAAGGAUAGCGGCAUUAUCUCGAUUCAUACCCGCGGCAUCAAACCGAGCAUAUCACCUUUUUCAAACAAUAUCGAAGAACAAAAAAUUCCACUGGACAGAAGAGGGUGAGAAGGCUUUUUCCGAGCUCAAAGCGAUCCUAUCAGCACCACCCGUGCUGCAAAGGCCAGAAAUCGGUAAACCUUUAUAUUUAUAUUUGUCUGUUUCAAAUUAUUCUAUAAGUUCGGCUCUUGUCCUCGAAACAGGGAAAAUACAACGGCUAGUGUACUUCAUCAGCAGAGUCAUGCAACCAACAGAGCAACGAUAUCCGAAGAUAGAACAACUCGCCUUGACACUAAUAAUCACAGUGAGGAGACUAAGACACUACUUCCAAAGCCACACAAUUAUAGUGAGGACGAACCAACCAUUAAGACAGAUACUGACGAAACUAGAGUUGGCCGGACAUCUCACCAAAUGGUCGGCCUUAAAAGCACAAGUACUGGCCGACUUCAUCUCAGAGCUAACGACCGAUGAACGCGACAAGUUUUGGGAACUGCACGUCGAUAGAGCAUCAAGCCGAGAAGGAAGUGGAGCAGGGGUCAUCCUCAAAGAAGGAGACAAGGUAAUAGCCGAACAGGCACUCCAGUUCCACUUCCCAGCAAGCAACAACCAUACCGAAUAUGAAGCCCUCAUUGUAGGACUCAAACUCGCCCUAAGCUUCCAAGUACAGAGCCUGACAGCACAUUGCGACUCUCUCCUCGUGGUCCAGCAAAUCCGAGGAGAAUUUCAGGUAAAAGAUCCGUUGCUUGAGCAAUAUUGGCUCAUAGCAAAGGAUCUCAUUUCAAAAUUCAAUUCAUUUAGCAUACUGCAUGUUAAUAGAGGAAAAAAUGUGAGAGCAGAUGUACUAUCCAAGCUCGCAGCCACUAGGGCAGACACACAAACAUCCACAUUAACACAACUAUCCCUAGAAAAACCAAGCACCGAACUACUGCAUGUGAUAAAUAUUAACCACCUCCAUGAUUGGAGAACUCCUUUCCUUGAAUAUAUUAGUACAGGCGCCAUACCAAGAGACGAGCUCAAACCUCAACAUUUCAGACGAAAGGCCAAUCUUUACACAAGCAUAGGAGGAAAACUCUAUAGACGAGGAUUCUCACAACCACUGCUAAAAUGCCUAAGCAAAGACGAAGCAAAAGAAGCAAUGGACAAAGUACACGAGGGAGUCUGUGGAAACCACAUCCGAGGACGAGCACUUGCAGCUAAAAUCGUCCGAACUGGGUAUUACUGGCCAACCAUAAAAAAGGAUUGCAUAGCAAAAGUCAAAGCAUGUGACAACUGUCAGAAACACGCAGCUAUAUCUACAAGGCCAGCCGAGCUAUUACAUAGCAUGGAGGUAAGCUGGCCAUUCUACAGAUGGGGACUCGAUAUACUCGGCCCAUUUCCAAUAGCGCCAGGCCAGGAAAAAUUUCUCUUAGUAGUAGUAGACUACUUCUCAAAAUGGAUAGAGGCACAACCAUUAGCAAAGAUAACGGCCGAAAAGGCUGAAGCUGCUAACCGAGUUGUAUUGCAGGCGAUAAAGAAAAAACUAAAUGAUGCUAAGGGAGAAUGGGCGGAACUGAUCCCAGAAAUAUUAUGGGGCUACAACACAACAAUACAGACCACCACGGGCGAAACACCUUUUAAACUAGUCUAUGGGUCCGAGGCACUAAUCCCUAUUGAGGUCGGCAUCCCCACCCCGAGAACCGAGCUAUACAACGAGCAGCACAACUUGCAUGCAAGGAAUACCGAGCUUGAUCUAGCCGAAGAAACCAGGGAGCUAGCAGCCAUUAGACAAAGAGCAAUAAAACAAAUAACCGAAAAGAAACACAACAAGAGAGUAUCGCCGAGGGCAUUCACAGAGGUGACCUAG